GCUGAGUAAAGGCAGCCUUUCGGGAACUAGAAAGGCAGAGGACGAGAGAGGUGGGCGGAGUAGAAGACAAAAAAGGUGGCGGCGGAGCUGAGAUCGAGAGACGCAAACAACUUUUUGCAGUGAGUUGCAGGCACCGGCCUGUGGUGCGUGAACUGUAACCUGACACUGGAGCGCGGCGCUGUAAGGAGAAAGAGAGCGAAAACGCGGAGGAGGAGGAGAGGAAACGCCACCAAGGAGCCAACGAGGGGGGUAGCGAUUGCCUCCUCCUUCUCCAGCCGCUCCUAGAAGCGUCCAAGACACGGGGGAAGCCGGCAAUGGGCAGAAGAGAAGCCUCCUGAGCCUCCUGCGAACUUUCCCCCACCACCUCGCCGGGCUGUCGGAGCGGAGCAGGCGGAUGGAGGAUGCGCUCUUCUCGGCGGGCUGUCUGAGCAGGAGGCGGCGGCGAAAGAAGCGACGGGGUCGACGACGAUGAAGAAACUGCCGCCGCAGCUGCUUCUGCACUACAGCGCGGGUUGCUCGGAGCCCCGUCCUCAUGUGGCCCCGUCCGCCGUUGGGGCUCCCGGGCAGGGAGUGGGCUGGAGGAGGAGGCCCCUCUCGUUGCUUCCUUUUCUUUCCCUCCGCGACUACGGCUUUUGCAUGGCCGCCUUGCUGCUCUUCUGCCUGUGUUCCCUCUUCUACCAGCUCAACGGGGGCCCCCCUCACUUUCUGUUGGACCUGAGGCACUAUCUAGGAAAUUCCACUUACUUGGAUGAUCAUGGGCCACCCCCUCGUAAGGUACUUCCAUUCCCUAGCCAAGUGGUGUACAACAGGGUUGGAAAAUGUGGGAGUCGAACUGUGGUUUUGCUGUUGCGAAUUUUGUCUGAGAGACAUGGGUUCAACUUGGUUACAUCAGAUAUUCAUAAUAAAACCAGGCUGACCAAGAAUGAACAGAUGGAAUUGAUUAAAAAUAUAAGCACUGCCGAACAGCCCUAUUUAUUCACUAGACACGUUCACUUCCUCAAUUUCUCAAGGUUUGGAGGAGACCAACCAGUAUACAUCAAUAUUAUUAGAGAUCCCAUCAACCGUUUUUUAUCCAACUAUUUUUUCCGCCGCUUUGGAGACUGGAGGGGGGAGCAGAAUCAUAUGGUCCGCACCCCAAGCAUGAGGCAAGAGGAGAGAUAUUUAGAUAUUAACGUAUGUGUUCUUGAGAACUACCCUGAAUGUUCCAAUCCCAGGUUAUUUUAUAUUAUUCCAUAUUUCUGUGGACAGCAUCCAAGAUGCAGGGAGCCUGGUGAAUGGGCCCUCGAAAGAGCAAAAGUGAAUGUGAAUGAAAAUUUCCUACUUGUGGGAAUUCUGGAAGAAUUGGAAGAUGUGCUGCUUUUACUAGAAAGAUUUUUACCUCAUUAUUUCAAGGAUGUACUCAGCAUCUACAAAAACCCAGAACAUAGAAAACUCGGCAAUCUAACUGUGACAGUGAAAAAAACCGUCCCUUCUCCAGAAUCUCUGCAGAUCCUGUACCAGCGCAUGAAAUAUGAAUAUGAGUUUUACUACUAUGUCAAAGAGCAGUUUCAUCUGUUAAAGCGCAAGUUUGGACUACGAUCUUCAAACAGUAACUCUUCUCCUAGACCAGAAUUUGUCAUUCCUUCUCCUUUGGAAACUGAAGAGCCAGUAACAGAAGAUGAGGAGCAAGAUGAUGAAAAGUGGUUGGAAGAUAUCUAUAGAAGGUGAUGUAAGCAUCACUUUCUCUACUGGCUAAAGCUCCUAGAUUUUUCAAAAACUAUUAAGAAAAAUGCUUAAGGAAGGAAGUUAAUGCACAGCAGCAUCUAAAAAGACAUUUCUGCCAGGUUGAACUGAUAGUGAGACCUCUUUUUGAGAGGCUUUACUUCUUUAAAUUUAUUUUUCUUUUUUGUUAUCCUUGACUCCAUAGGAUCAUAGUAGCUAGGACAUACUUUUAAAUGUGCCAUCUCUUAUUUCACUACAAAUAACAUUGUCACUGUAAAAUAUUGCUGCAUGUGGUACCUACUUGGCAAAGUGGUGUAAACCACAACAUAUGUCAUUUGCAAUUUUCUCAAAACUUGUUUGCCUUUGCUAGUAUUUAUAAUGAAUUUUUAUAGUCACAUUUGAGCAUCUAGAAUUAACAGCAGAGUAUUAGAGGUUUAUGGCAUCACCUAAAUAAGGGGAUACCAUUGUACUAAAAUAAUAAAAGAAAUACGUUGCUCCUACACCAUUGGUCUAUGGGUGCUAGUUAGGCUAUGUUUCUCCCAUACAAGCGGUAUGUAAUAAGAGCAUUGUCAACAAAACAAGUAGAAAUGAGAAGGGAAUUGCACUUAUGAUGUUGUUAAAUAUCUGGGUACAUCAAAAUUCAACAGCAUUUGAAGUUGAUGAAAAGUAGAAGGGCAGAUGUUUGUAGAAUGUGGUGGUGUUGUUUUUACUGGAGAAGUUAGGCUAUGGGGAAGGCAUGGGACACCACUUGGUAUUAGCAUAUUAUUUCCAGUCUUGUUAUUACACAGAAACUUAAAAGAGGGGAGCAGGAACAAUGAAACAUCUUGGGGGGAAAUGUGGGCUGUUCUUCUAAGUUAAAAGAACAUUUAUGUAAUGCCAUAAAGGUAUGAGUUGAGACAUUCUUGCUGAAGUUAGAUCUUCUAGACUAUUGAGAAUAAAUAACACAAUUGGGGGUAUAAUCCAUGAUGCAUUGAUUUCAAAGAAACAGAAAAAGUUUACUACAUUCCCUUCAGAGUGUCUUCCACUCUUUUUUCCUGUUUCACAGUGACGAUUGUCUAGAGCUUGCAUCUAGUCAUGGGCAGAUACUUUUUAACUUAAAACAAGGGAGCAAUAAAUUACUGGUGCCUUCAUCAUACUCAGAUGUGUGCUGGCCAGAGUAAUGCAGUCAACAGGUUUGAUGGGUUAAAUGACUACUUUUGGGAGGAAGGGUGGAAUAGUUUGUUCAUGUAUUAGUAGCACUGCUUCUGCUUUGGUGUGCUCUCAACAUACCUUUGGCAAAUUCCCUUCUCAGAGCUUGUAGGCAUCAACUAAUAUUUUAAACCACCACUGUGUAUUGUAUUCUGUUGUUUGCUAUACUACUUUUAUCAGGAUUUGAACAAACAUAAUUGUGUUAAGGCUCAACAUGGAUGAAUUAUCUUCGCUAGUUAUGUCCUAAUCUUGUGGUUCCAGUGCACUACUCUGACGGAACACACUGGGAGCAGGAAAUACAGUCAAUAAUCAUUAAGCAAGAUGUUGAUUGUAUAUUUUAAGUGGUUUCUAUGAAAUUACAUUUAAAGAGUAAUGAUUAGUUUACACACUGUGGAAUUUUCUUUUGGGAAUCAAAUUAAUAUUCACAUAUUGGGUUUCUUUUUUCAUCUUUUUUAUAAGAUCAGAUUUUAUCCGUGUCUCAAGAGUCCUGGGUCACUUAACAUGUUCACUUUCUCUGCAAUCUCACUGCUGCUUAAAUCUAUUUUUAUCAUUCUAUUUAAUAUUAUUUUUUCCAUGAAUACUUUGCAAUAUUAAAAGCAACAGCUGUCAGGUAGUUUACUUGCUAGGUUUUAAUGUUGUAUAUUUUUUGUACAAGCAAUUUGGCCUCUACUCCCAGAAAGGUACAUCAUAAAUUUAUUUGGCACAUAAGCUUUUAAGUUUGCUAACACAAAAGGCCAUGUAUCUGUCAUGAAAUAGAUUUUAUAAUUUACUUUACAUUACUUAGAAGCACAUUUUAAGUUUGUUAAACUUUUGACUUAUUUAUUGUGACUUUUCAGCACAUUCCAAAUUCUAAGAUGCUCAGGAAAGUAAUUCAUUUAAAUGAUUUUAUUUUGGUCUGAUGACUUUUUUUUAAAGAAUGAAAUCACUGUUAUAAAGCCUUCAGCCCAUGACAGCCUUUUCAUAAGCACCAUGCUUGUUUGUAAAUCUGCGAGAGGGAAAGGGUCCGUUCAUGGCACAUGUGAAAAAAACAGAAUAUAUAUGUACAUUCGGUUAGUUGUAAAUGAAAGCAACCAAUGUUUGAAUUAAAUAUUCAUUAACUUAUUCACUGACUUUUUUAUAUUAAACUGUAAGACAUCCAUCUAAACUUCUUUUAUUUUUAGUCCACUAAUAUUUCUGUUUAGAACCUUUGCUGUUCUUCACAAAACCAGUAAUCAUUCAGGAGUUUUUUUCUUUAUGGAUGUAAAGGUUAAAGGGUUUUCCAUUUGAAUCAUACUAGAAAAGAGUGUUUUAUAAAGCAUCAUUUGGCUGAAGGCCAUAUUUACUUAAGCAGGCUAUUUUGAGAUUACUGUAUUAUACCUUGAAUAACUUUAAGGCACAAGACCCAAAAGCUAACCAUCUUUAAUUGUAUGAGGAAUACAGGAAAUAUUUAGAAGUGCACUGCAUUACACUGCCAAUGUGCUUUAUUGCUGUUGUGGAAUAGUUUUUAAUGCAUAGUGGUAACAGCUUUGACCCACGCAUUGCUUUUUACUAACUAACAUAGACAUAGGUUUGAUGAUAUUUGAUAUCCAGGGCCAGUGUUCUACUUGUCCACAAUCUUUAGAUGACUUACUAAGAUUGAAAAACUUGCAUGCUGGAAAUUACAAACACACAAGAAAUAACAUGCUCUGAUGGUAGUGAAAUGGCUUUGAAUUCCAAAAUUACAUUAAUAAAUGGUACAUUUUGUUUAAUUUAUUUCUGUUUAUUCUGAGAUACAAUUGCAUUGCAGUUUUCUAAAAUGCACUCACAUCAUUGUGAAACCAUGAAUGUCUUUUUCUUUUAAAGAUACAUUUGGAAUAUUUCAGUUUGUAUGAAUGUCUUGGUCGCCACAUAGCUUUUGCUAUUAAUUACAUUCUUUUUGUGGUAGAAUUUGAUAACACAGGCCAGAAGUAAAAAAGUGCUCUUUUGAGAUACACAGGUUCCAAUUGCUUAAAGCAAAUAAGUAGGCUCCUGGAAUUUUUUUUAAGGAAGAAAAUAGGCUCUCUUUUUGCUUGGAGAAUCUUCAUUGCAUUUAGGCUCAUCCUCUUGUCCAUUGCCUACCAAAAGUACAUUUGAAAAUAAAUUACAUGCAAAUUAAUAAAGGUCUGUAAUU